ACAGCAGCAGCAAUGCACCGCAGUGACACGACGGGUUCUGCCAGCGACGACGACACGAGUCUCGAGAGCCUGACGCUCGUCGAGCUCAUGACCAAGAGCAAAGAAAAUGAAGUGCUUUGGCGCCUCCGGACGCCCGGCGCUGUCACCGACGACGACCUCACGAGCCUCGACGAGGACGGCGACUCGGUGCUGUCGAUGGCCGCGCUCUCGGGCUCGUUGCCGGUCGUCCAAGCUUUGAUCGAAUCGACGCCGUACGAGACCAUUCCCAACUUUGCUUGGAUGACGAUGCAGCGUGCGGUCGCCUACAACCAGCUCCACAUCGUAACAUACCUCUGGGACAUCAUUCCCGACCCGCUCAACGUCGUGUCACCAACGAACGGCAACACGCUAUUGCACCACGCAGCGGACCACAGCGCCAUGAACGCGCUUCGCUGGCUCCUUCCGCGUUACCCGUCCGUCGACGUCAUCAACAAUGACGGCGAGACGCCGUAUCUGGUCGCCCUGUCCAACGCCGACGACGAGUGUGCGGCCGUCCUCGUGGCGGCCGGCGCCGAUGUUUUUGUGCGCGCUGCGGAUGGUGACACGGCGUUGCACUAUGUGAUCCGCAACGCGUCCGAGGAGGACGAAGAUGAAGACGACGUUGUGCAGACGCUCGACGGCGUCCUCGCCGAAGGCCACAGCAUCGACGCUGUCAACGAGGCCGGCGAGCGCCCCGCCGACUUGACGGAGAACGCCCGUCUUCUUGCUCUUUUGGAAGCCGAAGCUGAGUUUCGCCAAGCAUUUCCCGUCCACGCGCUUGUGCGUACCAACAAGGUCGACCGCUUCGAGGCGUGGCUUAUCGAGAUGCGCGCCAAGCACGGCGACGACGUUGACGAGGAGAUAGCAACGGCGCUGACGACCCCCGAUACGAUGGGGCGUACACCGCUCAUGCACGCGGCUCUCCGGUUGGACGACCUCCGCGACGCCGAUCAAGUGCUGUACCGCCUGUUGCCGUACCUUCCAGCCGAUGCCGUGAGCGCCAAGGACAACGAAGGGCGGACGGCGCUGGACAUGCUCGCGCGCCACAGUCUCUUUUGUGCAGAGAACCCCACGGGCACGGUGCCGUCGCGCUUGAUGCGCGCGAUCCACGCUUUGAGCUGCAAGGGCAAAGUGGGGCUCGACUUUGCCCAUUUGCCCGACUCGUACCUGCAGUGGGCCGAGUACUUGACGGGGACGGCGCCGCAUGAGUGUGCUGGCCAGUGCAAGAUGACGAGUACCUCCAACAACGGCCUCUCGGGGCUUGCGGCGGCGCGGAACUGGACCGAGCUGCGCCAGGUGCUCCAAGAACCUUUGCCGGCCGACGUGAUCAACAAGAUCGAAGGGGGCAUGUCGGUGUUGCACCACGUUUGCGAAUGCGGGAACGUUGCGUUCCUGAAGCUGCUCUUGACGCAGCCCCACCUCGACCUCAACCAGCGCUCCGAGGAGACCGACCAAAGCGCUUUGGACUAUGCCGUCGACAACGACCAUGUCAAGAUCGUGCGCCUUUUGCUCGCAGCCGGGGCCGACCCGGUCGUUGACGACGACACCAACGCUGCGUCACUGGCCGAGCUGCGGACGAACGCGACACCUAGCGAGCUUCUCGUCUAUGACCGCUGGGAGCUAGCCCUCUUUGACAUUGGCUUCUUCCUUCUGAACCUCCCGAAUGUGGCCGCAGCGCGGCAGCUGGACGCGCGCAAGCAGACGGCCAUGCACGCGGCGAUGCGCGGGUCGUUCUCCGAGGAAACGCUCAACGACAUUUGUGCGACCGACAUUGACCUCGACAAGCAAGACGAGGACGGAGAGACCGCGCUCAUGGUGGCCGCCAGUCUCGGCCGCAACGACUACGUCAAGUUUCUCGUGUCGAAAUCGGUCAACGUCGAUCUCCAAAACAAGGAAGGCAAGACUGCGCUCAUGCUCGCGGCCAAGGGCUGCCACAUGAAGGUCGUCGGUCUUCUUCUCGAAGCAUCGGCCGAAGUGUAUCUCACCGACAAGAACGGCGACUCGGUGCUAUCACAGCUCGAGCAAGCGCUGUCGCGCGCUGGCGGUGCCGCCGAUGACGAAAAGCUGCCGGAAGGGCAACUCCUCUCGCUCCUCAAGAAGGAGCUCCAGAUCCGCGAAAACUCGCCCGAGUACCAAGAAAAGCAAGCGUUGAGCAUGGUGACCAUGUCCAUCGACGACGUCUUCCACCAAGGCGGCUUUGCGAGAGCGAUUACUGUCAGCGCCAAGCUCGGGCUCAAGUUCCUCAACGACUGCGUCACGCUGCAUCGGCACGAAGCGGCCUUUCAGCACAUGGACGCAGUGUACGGCACGACGGCCAAGGCGAGUGCGCUCUACGCGGUUCUCAACGUCGACGCAAAAGAAGAGACGUUUGCGACCAAGAAGGCUUUGUUGGAGCAUAUUGUCUUUCGCCGGCUCCUCGCGAUCAAGUGGGAGCUCUUUGGGAAGCGCAUGUACCUCCAGCAGCUGCUCAUGAACGUACUCCUUCUCUUCACGAUGACGACGUCGUCGUUCAUUGGCGACUCGCCGUCGACGGCGGCGUGCGUUGUUGGCAUUUCGGCGUGGCUCUUUGUCCUCUCGGCGUUCCUCGUGAUUGGCCAGCUCGAACCGAGUGUUUUUUGGGGCUGGGCGCGCUACCAGUACGACAAGAGCCGCGUCCUUGACCCGGACGUCGUGAUCCCGGACCUCCGCUCCAAGAAGGAAGCGGCGACGUCUCUCCUCUACGGCGCCUCGGUCGCCAUCACGCUCAUCGUUGUGGUUCUUUUGGCCAUUUUCGCCCACCUCAUGCACAUUUCCAAGUGGUUUCCGGUCGUCAACACGGUCGUGCUCUGGCUCACGGCGCUCUACUUUGUCGUCACGGAGCGCGGCGAGAUGCGCGACGACUUUCGCGCGUACUUUGCGUCGCACACCAACAAGGCGCAGCUGCUCGUUUACGUCGUCAUCCUCUUUCUCUUUGUGCCUAUCAAGCUCGGCUGGAUCAGCGCGGUCGAUGAAGUGGAGUUUGGUCUCUCGGGCUUCCUCACGCUCGCGCUUUGGGUCCUCUCGCUUCAGUUCUUGGAGGUCGUGCCGUCGGCCAGCUUCUUGAUGCCGAUGAUGUCGGACCUCUUUGGGGACAUUUGGAACUUCUUCAUCCUCUUUGGCGUCUUCCAAGUGGGUUUUACGCUCACGUUUUACCAGCUCUUCCGCGGCAUGGACGACAGUCUCCACAAGUUUGGCAGUCUCGGGCAGGCGUUCAUGACGACGUACUACGUCUCGUUUGGCGAGCUCGCGCUCGACUCGCUCGACGCGUUUGGCGACUCGAAAGAGGAUCAUGCGUCGAGCAUGUAUGUGGCCACCGCGCUUUUGAUGAUGCUGCACGUGGCCAUCAUGGUCAUCAUCCUCCUCAACGUUUUGCUCGCCAUGAUGAACAAGACGGUCGACGGCGGUCUCGAGAAGGCCAAGACGCAAGCGCUCAUCAGUUAUGCGCAGUGCAUCUUGCGUCUCGAGACGUCGAUGAACCUCACGGCCGACGACACGCACGCCCUCACCUACUUUACGACCAAGGCAUCGACGUCCAUGAUCAAGCAAGCCGAGUGGCUCAACCCGAUCUUUACCGAGCGUGUACCCAAGGGUCUCCUCGACCUCGGUGAAGACCAAGCCACCGAGCUCCAGACUGAGGCGGCCAACCGCGCGGCGUGGGCGACGCUGGUCGACGAGCUGGAUGGGACGAUCGAGACGGAGCUUCGCUACCUUCGUGAUGCGCUCUUGCACGUGGCACACUUUACGUCGCACCCGGUGCAGACGGUGUUUGCCGACGACUUGAAGCACUUGGAGACGGCCCGGAGCCAGCUCACGGCCAUUGUGGACGACGCGCGCAAGACCCGCGGCGCGUACCGCGACAAGGUGCUCUCGGCGCUGCAGUCGCACCUCAAGAAGAAGCUCGGACAGCUCAAGGACAAGCUGCUGCGGCUCUGGGCGCCCAAGUUUGACGCCAAGGACAUGAGUGCGCGUGCCGAGUGCAUGCUGCUCUUCCAGAUGGCGCAGCGCUCGACGAUGGACGCACAGCUGCAAAAGGUCUCGGACGCCGUUCUGGACAAAGUGGCCGAAGCCAUUGCGCCGACGACCGAGGAGAAUGAAGACACCGAGAAGACGCAGCUCCACGACGAGAUUGAGGCGCUCAAAGCCAAGGUCGACGCGCAGUCGGAGACAAUGACGGCCAUGGCAGCCAAGCUCCACUUUGCUGUCUCGCUCUUGCUGCAGCUCAAGAACGCCAACGAGGCUGCCAACGAGGACGGAGAGAACGACGAAGAGAACGAAGAAGAGGACGAUGAAGAAGAGUAAAUGUCGUGCAUGCGAUUACCGUAGGACCCGGAUCUUAAGAGACUCAUGUUUGCAUGCUUGGACUUGUCG